AUGCUUUUGAACCAGAAACAAAAUUUAAACAGAAACCCCAAAGGCAGACGAUGGGAUAAAAACACUAUAAGUCUUUGUCUUUCACUUUGGUGCAGAAGUCAAAAAAAUUACGAACAAUUACGCAAUAGUAAAAUACUUACACUUCCAUCUGGAAGAUGGCUUUCCUAUUAUAAGGGAGUCGUUGACCAAAAGGCUGGUUUUAAUAAAGAUGUUUUUUUAUGGAUGAAAAAUGAGGCCAGAAAAUUAAAAAAAUCAACAGAAGAUGAAUAUCUAGGAGUUCUUUUCAUAUCUAUGGAUGGAGCACAGACUAACCGGGAUUUCAUGCACCUAUUUUUCGAGAAAUCAACACCUAAAGAUGAGAACUUCAGUACUAAAAACAUCUGGUCUCCACACCACCCAGAUAUUAUUUUCAUAAUGGAUUUUUCCCAUGUCAUAAAAAGAAUACGCAAUAACAUUUUAAAAAGUGGCGAUACAAAGUCUUGCACCCGAAUUCUUCAUUAUAACAACCCUAUACUUUGGGAUCAUUGGAUUCAAGCAUAUAAAUGGGACCGUGAUAACAAUUCAUUUCCAAUUCAUCGCAAACUCACAAAUGAACAUUUUUACCUUACCCAAGAGUCAAAAAUGCGGAACAAAUUAGCUGAAGAAACCCUUAACGGCGAUAUGCUUCAUUUAAUGGAAUGUUUUCAGAAUUUUCUUGGCGACAACGGUCACGAGCUUGAUGACACCAUUGCUCUUUUGAAGGCGACAAGUGUAGUUAUUAGCAUUUUUCGAGACACCAGGCCAAUAAAUGAUGUUUUUGAUGAACGCCUUGAUCAACUAGAAACCUCUUUAUCCUGGUUCAACAAAUGGGAAUCACAUAUUAAAAGAUCGACCAUUGUUCCUGCCAGAGUCAAUAGCGACGUUAUAGAAAAUAUUUUUUGUCAACAACGAGGGAUCGUAAAUGGUAACAACACUAACCCCAACUUUUAUCAAUAUUCUAAAAAUAUAAAUACAAUCUUAUUUGGACAAAAUGCAGUCUCUAAAAAUUCGAAUGCCGAAAAAAGGGGCUGUGAACCACUUUGUUUUAACAUUGACAUGCCUAUUAACCCUAAGAAGAGAAAAACUGUCGAUAGUGCCAUUUGUAUUGCCUCCAUCCCAAAAUACAGUCGUAGCAUGCAGUACAUGUUGGAGUAG